UGGGCUCUGGGGUGCUGCAGCCACAGGUCCUGGUCCCAUCAAUAAAAUCCAAAGUGAGCUGGCUCUGAUGAGGAAGGGACCAAGAUGCCCCACUCAGGGAGGUCUUCCCGGGAGAGGUGGUAGCCAGGCAGGCCCGGGAGUAGGAGGAGAAUAUGCUGAGUUUUUGCACUGCAAGUCCAAAAAGUUUACAGAUUUUGAUGAAGUCCGGCAGGAGAUUGAAGCAGAGACCGACAGGGUGACGGGGACCAACAAAGGCAUCUCCCCAGUGCCCAUCAACCUUCGAGUCUACUCGCCACACGUGUUGAACUUGACCCUCAUCGACCUCCCGGGUAUCACCAAGGUGCCCGUGGGCGACCAGCCUCCAGACAUCGAGUACCAGAUCAAGGACAUGAUCCUACAGUUCAUCAGCCGGGAGAGCAGCCUCAUUCUGGCCGUCACGCCUGCCAACAUGGACCUGGCCAAUUCCGACGCCCUCAAGCUGGCCAAAGAGGUCGAUCCCCAAGGCCUGCGGACCAUCGGUGUCAUCACCAAGCUUGACCUGAUGGACGAGGGCACCGAUGCCAGGGAUGUCUUGGAGAACAAGUUGCUCCCGUUGAGAAGAGGCUACAUUGGCGUGGUGAACCGCAGCCAGAAGGAUAUUGAGGGCAAGAAGGACAUCCGUGCAGCGCUGGCAGCUGAGAGGAAGUUCUUCCUCUCCCACCCGGCCUACCGGCACAUGGCUGAUCGCAUGGGCACACCACAUCUGCAGAAGACGUUGAAUCAGCAACUGACCAACCACAUCCGGGAGUCGCUGCCAGCCCUGCGUAGCAAACUACAGAGCCAGCUACUGUCCCUGGAGAAGGAGGUGGAGGAGUACAAGAACUUCCGGCCCGACGACCCUACCCGCAAAACCAAAGCCCUGCUGCAGAUGGUCCAGCAGUUUGGGGUGGAUUUUGAGAAGAGGAUCGAGGGCUCAGGAGAUCAGGUGGACACACUGGAGCUCUCCGGGGGCGCCCGAAUCAAUCGCAUCUUCCACGAGCGGUUCCCAUUUGAGCUGGUGAAGAUGGAGUUUGAUGAGAAGGACUUACGACGGGAGAUCAGCUACGCCAUUAAGAACAUCCAUGGAGUCAGGACUGGGCUUUUCACCCCGGACUUGGCAUUCGAGGCCAUUGUGAAAAAGCAGGUCGUCAAGCUGAAAGAGCCCUGUCUGAAAUGUGUCGACCUGGUUAUCCAGGAGCUAAUCAAUACAGUUAGGCAGUGUACCAGUAAGCUCAGUUCCUACCCCCGGUUACGAGAGGAGACAGAGCGAAUCGUCACCACUUACAUCCGGGAACGGGAGGGGAGAACCAAGGACCAGAUUCUUCUGCUGAUCGACAUUGAACAGUCCUACAUCAACACAAACCACGAGGACUUCAUCGGGUUUGCCAAUGCCCAGCAGAGGAGCACGCAGCUGAACAAGAAGAGAGCCAUCCCCAAUCAGGGGGAGAUCCUGGUGAUCCGCAGGGGCUGGUUGACCAUCAACAACAUCAGCCUGAUGAAGGGGGGCUCCAAGGAGUACUGGUUUGUGCUGACUGCAGAGUCGCUGUCCUGGUACAAGGAUGAGGAGGUGAGUGGCAGGUGGGAGCAGGGCUGCUGGGGGACAUGGGGCAGCCAGGGAAGAGCGGACCCAUGGCAGGGUCAAGCCUGCUCCUCUCCCUCCCCCCGCAGAAACGUCUACAAGGACCUGCGGCAGAUCGAGCUGGCCUGUGACUCCCAGGAGGACGUGGACAGCUGGAAGGCCUCGUUCCUCCGAGCCGGCGUCUACCCUGAGAAGGACCAGGCAGAAAACGAGGACGGGGCCCAGGAGAACACCUUCUCCAUGGACCCCCAACUGGAGCGGCAGGUGGAGACCAUUCGCAACCUGGUGGACUCAUACGUGGCCAUUAUCAACAAGUCCAUCCGCGACCUCAUGCCAAAGACCAUCAUGCACCUCAUGAUCAACAAUACGAAGGCCUUCAUCCACCACGAGCUUCUGGCCUACCUAUACUCCUCAGCGGACCAGAGCAGCCUCAUGGAGGAGUCGGCCGACCAGGCGCAGCGGCGGGACGACAUGCUGCGCAUGUACCACGCCCUCAAGGAGGCGCUCAACAUCAUCGGCGACAUCAGCACCAGCACCGUGUCCACGCCCGUACCCCCGCCCGUCGACGACACCUGGCUCCAGAGCGCCAGCAGCCACAGCCCCACUCCACAGCGCCGACCGGUGUCCAGCAUACACCCCCCCGGCCGGCCCCCAGCGGUGAGGGGCUCCACUCCAGGGCCCCCCCUGAUUCCUGUGCCCGUGGGGGCAGCAGCCUCCUUCUCGGCGCCCCCAAUCCCAUCCCGGCCUGGACCCCAGAGUGUGUUUGCCAACAAUGACCUCUUCCCAGCCCCACCUCAGAUCCCAUCUCGGCCUGUUCGGAUCCCCCCAGGGAUCCCCCCAGGAGUACCCAGCAGAAGACCCCCUGCUGCGCCCAGCCGGCCCACCAUUAUCCGCCCAGCCGAGCCUUCCCUGCUCGACUAGGCCUCCAGGGGGGCGUGCUCUCGGGGGGACCUCACGCACCCGCGGCGCCGGAGCUUCGGUGGUCUGGGGCCCUCUGCCGCCCCUAUGCCGGGACCAGGCUCCCAGUGGGCAGCCCUGGCCUCUUCCUUAACGCUGGCCCCGGUCCAGGGCCGGCCCCCAUGCCUGGCUGGACACCGCACUGCGCAAAGGGGCCCUGGAGCUCCAGGCAGGGGGCGCUGGGGUGAUGCACUUUGGGGGAUGGAGUCUCAGGGUGGCAGAGGGGGAUCUGAACCCUUGACGCCAUCCUGAAUGAGGGGUCCAGCCUUGGGGGGACUCUGCCAGGGUCUUCUCGGGCUGGGAAGGCCCAUGUAGGGCAGGCCUUCUAGAAUUGGGGGCACCAAGGGCGCCUAUGUCCCCAGGCCUUGCUGGGGUGCAGGGGUAUAUCAACUUCUCAUUAGCAGGAGCUCCCCAGCGGCAAGCCUGGCCCAGUGGGCUCAGUAGUGCCCGGCUGCCAGGCCUGAGGUGUACAUAGUCCUUCCUGGCCAUAUUAACCACGCAGCCUGAGCCCGGCCCAGCCUCGGCUGCCAGAGGUGCCUUUGCUAGGCCCGGAGCCGUUGGCCCGGGCCGGCCUUGCCCUACUCCUCUCUCCUCCUCCUCCCGGGUCCCCCAGGGUGGCUGGGCUUGGGCUAUGUGGGUGGUGGUGGUGGGGGGCCUUGGGGGCCUCUCAGCUCCCACCCAUGCCUCCCUGAUGGGGUGGGCCCCGGGUGGCCUCUCUCUGAGCAGACCUCACCCACUCCUCGCUCGGUUUGACCACUGUAAGUGCCUGCACUCUGUAUCCUAUUAAUAAACUAAAAUAAAGGGAAGACGCUGCUGGUG